CUCGGAACUUCAAUGUUAAAUCGUUCCCAACCACGGAUCCUUAGAUUCAUGAUGAAUGAGCCUCAAUCUUGACCCCAUGGCUGAUAGUCCUAGGUAUCACUAUCUGAGGAUAUCGGCAUUUCUUAUAAUAUAGUUGUUGUUUCAGUACUACAACUCAUAUCUUCUACAGUACUUAAUCACCACACGUACAAGUCGCGUCGAAACGCGUCAGGUGGCUGAAUUAUGGCGUCUCGUCGGGUAAUUGCGGACUCCGACGACGAAGAUGGCGACGACCGUCCAUUGACUCCUCUCCGGGAAGAUGCGGAAACCCCACCAGAGAUUGAGCCAUUGAGCCCCCAGUUACCAGAUACUCAAUUGCCAGAUACCCAGAAGGCAAUAUCUGAUACCACCGAUCAGUCAUUCUUCGCUAGUGUUUAUGAUGAGCAGCAUAGCAGGGCUUUUGAGCAUUCUCAGCUUAUCGAGCAAAUCGUCCGUCAGAGUCAAAAGGCAAGCGGGAGUAAUGGUAAAGCGUCACGUCCGACCAAAAGCAAGGCCGAAAAGUCCGAUGCUUCUUCCGCCACUGAUGUCACGAUACCGGUAGUCCUAAGCAAUCUAGGAAACCAACCGCCACUUUUUAAUGAUGGUAAGAUCAGCAUAACGACGCCGCGAAAAAGUGUCCCUGGGGAAUGGGACGUACCCAGUAGCGCCGAAGGUGCAAAUUCUCCAAGAACUGCUAAAAGCUCUAAGGGAAAGAGGGAGAAGUCUUAUGGCAAGCAAAAAAGGACUCCGUCAAAAAUGUUUGGAAGCUCUGCUGCGGCCGAGAUGUUCAUGGGUAAUGAUACUACACAUGAAACUCAUCCUAUAAAUGACGGAGAUGAACCUUCACUACAGUCAGAAACAAAACGAGGGGAAUUCUCACUGCAUGACUCUAUACUUCCUGAUAUGCCUGCCCCAACGAACUUUUACAUUGCCCAAAGCAAUCUCACCACCAUGCAGAAGCUUGAGUAUCAGAGGAUCAACGUAUCACAAAAUGGCUACUCUGGCCUACCCGUUUCUCACCCCAAUCCAAAGUCAAGUGGCAUCUCGACAGUUGCAUACUCGACACCUAGCCGAUACGCGUCUUCUGGGCCACCACUUCCGUGGGAAAGAAGCCCUAUGGCUGACACUCAACUCGCCGACACUCAUGAUGCCAUAGAUAUACCCUCCUCUCCGGAUGUAAUUGCCGCUGAUUAUCAUAGAAACGCUCCAGUUGCAGAUAUGGGUCCACCGUAUAUCUAUAUUCACACAGUGCCUCAUGAAGCCGAAGCUUCAAUUGGUGGUUUUACAAAGGAAGACUCGCCGAGCAAGAAGAGGAUGAAGAGGCCAAGGGAUUUAGGAGAUGAAGACGAACUUGUACAGGAUCAAUUAAUGGGCUCUAAUACUGUUAAUGACAAGCAAGACAACCACAAACGUCAGCGCCCUAACGAACAUAGGAUUGGUUUGCCUAGUCUAAAUGAAGAUGAUGGCGAUAUCGAGCUCAUUAUACAUCAACAUGAGGAAGAACCUCCUCGGGAAAUAGAGCGCGAAGAACCUCCGAGAGAAGGCAUAUGUAGGAUUGAUGAGCCUGACCACGAAAUACCAGCAACAGCACCACCUAUUUCUAUUAUUGCCCCCGACCCCAUUCAGCUGGAAGCUCAACCGGCUCCCCAGCCGAAGAAGCGUGGACGCAAGAAAAAGCAACCUAUAAGCGAACAGAUCAUUCAGGACGAGCUUUCUAUUGAGACCCAAGUUACUAGCCAUGAUCCGAAUACCGCCACGAAAGGUUUCGAGACUCCAGCCGAGCCAGAGAAGUCUAAGAAGAGACGAGGCCGACCUCGGAAGUCAGAUCCAGCGAAUUCCAAAGCUCCAGUUUCCCCAGUCGCUCCAGAGCUUGAACCUAUCGUUUCAUCUAAGACUCCAGGAAAUGGUGCUGAGGGCGAAGAUCCCGUUUUAGAGAGAAUUGAGACCACCAAGAAGCCAAAAAAGAAAAGGCAGGCCCAGAAACAGGAGGGGGGAAACGUAGUAAUAAACGAACCAGCCACGGACGAGAAUACAGACCGGGACAUCUCCCCCCUAAAAGAAGUCAGUAGCAACACUAGGACCCAAUCCCAAAAAGCCAAGUCAGCAGAGGCCGUGCCUGCAAAAUUCGUCACCGAAUCACCAGCUAGCCCAAAUUUAACCCCCCAGCCUGAGGAGAAAGCACAUACAACCCCUAAACCUAUACCCACAUCCAUGACCUCCCAGCCCAAAGUACCGUAUCGCGUCGGACUCAGCAAACGAACAAGGAUAGCAUCACUGUUAAAGAUUAUCAAAAGAUAAGAUAAUUGAAUUAGCUUUAGCUCAAAUCCGUACAAAAGGC